AUGGCCAAUGGACUGUCGAUACUCGGUUCCACAGAAGAUUCGAAGUUGCGAUCGCUUUACUGGUUUGAGGAUGCCACAUUGAUUCUAAUCAUCGGGGAUGCCCACUUCCGAGUCCAUCAUCCCCUCAUUUCGCGCCAUUCGAAUAUCUUCAAAACCUUACCGCUUCCACUCAAUCCACAAACCGUUGUCUUAACCGCAGGGAACUCCAACGGUGCGCUGAAGAAUGACACCUCUAGCUUGAUAGUCCAGGAACUCGUAGCUGCUCGAGACUUCGAAAUAUUGCUCGCACACUUGUACCACGACGAGCCUCUGACUCAAAAGUCAGAUUUGGCUCGUGUAUCUGCCAUUCUUCGGGUUUCGAGUCCAUGCCAGCUGGACUUUCCCCAUCUCCAUACCCUAGCCAAAAACAUAUUUGAGCAACUAGUACCCGCCGAUCCAUUGCGACUCGACCCCAGGAUACACUCUCCAUACGAGACGUUGGAGUUGGCCAGUCGACAUCGUCUAAACUCAAUACGCAAAUCCGUUCUAUACUGGGUCGUCACCACACAUCACUUCGAGGAGGGGGAUACUUUAGAAGAUCAGUCAUCGAAUGUGGAUCUUAAACGCUCUCGCGUGACCGAAACAGACAAGAAGAUCUGUGAAGACCUGCUGGGCCGCAUCAUCGAGCAUUUCACGCCCAUCCUUUAUACCCCAGCGACCGGCUCGCAUAUGCCUUGCACAGAUCGGUUCGCAGACCUAUGGAUGCCCUACGUGAUCCAACCUAGUUUGGAAAACGAUGGAGUUUACAAGCCUCUCGAAACUCUCGAACGGAUAAAGUCAAUAGAUUGGGAGAAGGAAGGUCUGUGUCCUGAAUGUGUGGCUGAGAAGCGAGAGGAGUGGACAGAAGAGCAGAAAACCGCCUGGGAGAAGAUCGAGCAAUGGAUUGACUCCCACCAAGAUGAUUAAGUUGCUCAGUUCUCUUUGUCAAUGGUCGCGCCGUCGAGCUGCAUGUUGUAACCACGAGAAAUGUUAGUGUCGUUAG